AUGGGAGCCUCUCGAAUGCCGCUAUCGCAGGUGCUGCCGCCCCUCAUCCUGGGCACGGCCACCUUCAACCACCAGUACCACCCCGAUCCCUCGCGCAUGCCCUACGUCGACAUUGUCCGGAGAGCGCUCGAGCAUGGAAUCAAUGCGUUCGACACGUCGCCCUACUACGGCCCUUCCGAGAUCCUGCUCGGCCAGGCUUUGCGACUGCUGACGCCGCCCCCGCCGCGGGAAGGAUAUUUCCUGAUAACAAAGGCCGGCCGAAUCAAGUCCGACGAGUUCGACUACUCCCCGGCUUGGGUGCGCUACAGCGUCUGCCGCAGUUUGGAGCGCCUGGGUACGCGAUACUUGGAUCUGGUGUACAUGCACGACGUCGAGUUUGUGUCUGCCGCCGAGGUUCUCCAGGCUGUCAAGGAGUUGCGCCGACUGCGCGAUCAGGGUCUGAUUCGCUAUGUUGGUAUAAGCGGAUACCCUGUCGAGACGCUCGCCUCUCUGGCCGAGAUGAUUUUGAGAGAGACUGGCGAACCUCUUGACGCUAUCUUGUCGUAUGGCAACUUCUGCCUGCAGAAUACUCAGCUCGGACGAUCCGAUUUCCUACAGCGAUUCCAAGCAGCCAGAGUCGAGUGUCUGCUAAAUGCCAGUAUGCUCAACAUGGGCCUGCUGACAACUCGAGGCGUCGAUAACGGCCCAAUGGUGUCUUGGCAUCCCUCGCCGCCAGAAUUGCGAAAGGCCUGCACCAAGCUAUCCCAAAUCGCCCAAGACAGCGGCGAGCAUCUCGAAGGAGUAGCUAUCCGAUGGGCUCUGGAACAAUGGGCCCGCCUUGGAAAAGACUUUGGCACAACAGCCUACGUCGGGGCUGGUCCUCGCAUCGGCGCAAGUGUCAUGGGAGUAACAGCCAUUACAGAACUUGACGAGACCUGGGAUCUAUGGAGAAGCGUUAUUGGACCUGUGAUUGGUGCCAAGGACGAUGUCGCAUUGCAGAGGAGUGACAAGAUUAUGAGGCUGGUGGAAGACAAGAUGUGGCCUAGCUUGGGAUCGUGGAAAGACCAUGCCUGGGAGAGUGGUGGUGAGACGUUUGUUAAUACCCGAGUGAAUAUGGGACAGAUUCCUAAUGACGAGGUGGCGGAGAGAUGGGGGCUGGUUCCUUCAGCUGCUGCUGCAGCUUCCAAGUUGUAA